AUGCGUUUUAAAUAUGUUUCGAAAUUUUUCUACUCUUUGAUUUCUCAAGAUUCCGACUUCAAAAGGAAACAUCUCGAUCAAUCUGCAAAUCACAACUCGACAACGACAAGGGCUAUUCUUGAUCUUGAACAUGCACCAGAACGUCAUUUUUCAUGCUCCCUUUCAUCUUUAUCAUCCGAUGAACUCGUUCGUCAGGUCAUGGUUGAACUUGAUAAUCCAGUUAAAGGAGCAAAACGUAAAGUUUACAAUUCUUGUGAUGGAUUGCUUUGCAUUAAAGAUACCGCAGGCAAUGUCUGCAUAUGGAACCCUUCAACCAGAGAAUUGAAGAGACUUCCGGAUUGUCUCAGUGCCAACGGCAGAAUCGGGUAUGGAUUAGGUUACGACUCAUCCUCAGGCGACUACAAAGUCCUAAGUAUUUACAGAUCUAGUAGAGGCCAUGGAGGAAAUGAGUUGCAAUUAUGUUCGCUGAAAAGGGAUUCCUCCUGGAGAAAAAUUCAGGGUUUCCCAUGCGUAAAAUUGGGCUUCGGGAAUAGAUAUAUCUUCUUCAACGGAGCAUUCUAUUGGAUUGCAGAAACAGGCGGGUAUUUUAAUAGACCUCUUUUGAUUGUAUCAUUUGAUAUAAAGAAAGAAAAAUAUAGAGAGUUUGUACCACCACCACCAAUUAGUUCUUCAGAUCAAAUUACUGUUGUUUCGUGCGGAAUGCCUCCAAGGGGCGCAAUCACACGAAUUACUGAAAGAAAUGUUUAA